UUUGCUCCUCUACCGCCAUCCACUCCACAGGCAAUCCUACCAGACGACCCCCAUUGACUUUCUCGCAGCACCGAUAGACUUGACACCUUCGUCCGCACGUUCUCGCCGUUAGCUCGUCGACUUACCGCCUCCAGCCCAGUCUUUGUCGCGGAUUCCCCAUGGUUCAUCACUCCACCGCCGCACAAGUGCGGCUUUUCCUCCUCAUAUGCGUUUUCUGCGCGAGAAUCAGCACCAGCAGCAGCGCCCGCAGCAGCAGCAGCCGCAGCAGCGCCAGCAGCAGCAGCAGCAGCAGCAGCAGCAGAAGCCGCAGCAGCAGCAGCGGCGGCUGGGUGGGUGUGUCGCUCGGCCUCGACGCGUCGUCGCAGCCUAUAGACCCAGUUCGCGCCGUCGAGCUCAUCAAGGCGCGCGGCUUCUCUGCCGUGAAGCUCUUCCGCCCGGACGGGCCCACGUUCGCCGCGCUGGCUGGGUCCGGCCUGGAGGUGGUGACGGCGGUGCCCAACGACCGCCUGGCGGAAUUCGCGGGGAACAGCGGGGCGGCCCUGGGGUGGGUGGACGCGAACAUCGCGCCGUACACGGACAAGUGCAACAUCACGGGCAUCUCGGUGGGCAACGAGGUGAUGGGGCAGCGCGAGGGCGCGAACGACGCGCUCUACUCUCUGGUACCCGCCAUGGAGGCGCUGCACGGCGCGCUGGAGGCGCGCAAGCUGCACGGGCGCGUGAAGGUGACGAGCCCGCAGGACAUGAGCUUCCUCGCCGCGUCGUACCCGCCGUCCGCGGGCGAGGUGCAGCCCGCCAUCCGCGACGAGAUGGCCAAGCUGCUCGCGUUCCUAGACCGCACAGGGUCGCACGCGGUGCUCAACUGCUACCCAUUCUUCGCGUACCUGUCGGCGCCGCAGCAGAUAUCGCGCGACCUUGUCUUCUUCAAGGGCGGCAGCGGCGGGUACAGCGACGGGGAGCUGUUCUACGGCAGCAUGCUGGAGGGCAUGAUCGACGCCGCCAUCGCCGCCUUCGAGAAGCUCGGAUUCCCCAACGUGCCCAUAACUCUGGGCGAGGUGGGGUGGCCGUCAGCAGGAGCUGACGUGGCAUCGCUGGCAGACGCAGCGGAGUUCAACGGCGCGCUGAUCGACUACCUCACAUCGGGCCGUGGCACGCCCAAGCGGCCGGGGGUGGCGGUGCGUGCAUACGUUUUUGAGAUGUUCGACGAGGACCAGAAGGACACGGGGCCGGGCGAGUUUGAGAAGGCGUGGGGCGUGAACUACGAGGACGGGUCGGAGAAGUACCCGCUCAACCUGACGCCAGGGUCCACGCCCACGCCCACACCCACACCCACGCCCACACCCACGCCCACGCCGACACCCACACCCACUCCCUCACCCUCGUGUGACACAGCAGCGGAGAGCGUGUGGAACGCCAUGGAGUGGGCGUGUGGGGAGGGGCAGGUGCCGUGCGGUGACCUGAGCGCAGGGGGCGGGUGCUGGGAGGGGCAGAGCAGCACGACGCAGGCGGCGGUGCAGGCGAGUGUGGCAAUGAACCGGUACUAUCAGAUGGCCAGCCAGGAGCCAGGGAGGUGCGAGUUUGGGGGUGCUGCCAAGCUGGUGUCCUCUGUGCCAGCUGUUCUGGCUGGGUGCGGGCUGGAGUCAAGUAAUGGCAACUGGUGCGUUGCUGCGUGCCUAGGGUAGACGAGAGGCGGUGGAGAGGAGAGGAGGCUGGUUUUAUUGCAAGAUGUGUGCAAGACGGUACGAGUACAUAUCUUGUACACACACAUACACACAUACAUACAUACAUAUUUAAGCACUUUCAGUC